AUGGGAUCCUUCGUCGAGAUCACCUCCAACGUGGCAGAUAAGCUCGAAUUUCUUGCUGCUAAACUAACGGAAUCCGCCAAGAAACUCCGUGAAGGCAUUGGCCCGUCCCCACAAGAGCACGAGAAGCUUGUCAUCACACUCAAGAGCACAAUAGAUGCGGUGAAUCUACCCCGAGAUGAUCUCGCUGACAUGAAGAUGGGAUUCGUCAAUGCCGUAGCCACCCGACUUCUCAUUAAGUGGAAGGUGUUUGAGAAUAUGCCCGACACGGGGAUCAUCCCGUCCAAGGAGCUUGCUCCCAAAGUCGGCGGGGACGUGGGCCGUCUGUGUUGGCUUUUGGUCGCGACCGGAUUUCUAGUGCAAGAGGGUACAGACCGGGUUGGUCAUACAGCCCGGACCCGACCAUUAGCUAGUGUUAAUCCACUUAGUGCCUGGUGGUUAAUGGGCUACGAGUAUGUACCCAUUCUCCUCGCUAUGUCACGGUAUUACGAUACCUACGGCAUCAAGGAACCGACCGGCAGACUACACACAAACAACGCCUUCGCGGAAGGCGAGCCGGAACUCACCAAUCCUACCCCCCUUACCGGAUUUUAUGACUUCAGCUGGGUUGUUCCCAGGGUUAGUGAGUCCGUCGAUCGACCGCUGAUUGUCGAUGGCGGUGGCGCCAAAGGCCGUUGUGUGCUUGAGGAUCUACCCUGUGUGAUCCAGAUGGUGAAGACCAUCGGCGAUGAAGGUCUCCGCAGCGCUAAAUUAGUGGCUAUGUAUUUCGACAAGGAACAACCUGUGAAGGGUGCACUGGUCUACAUGAUCCGUCGUUGUCUGCGUGACUUCGACGAUGACGAGUGCGUCUCAAUCCUGAAGCAUAUCGUUGAUGCCAUGGCACCGGAUAGCAAACUUUUGAUUGCGGAUACUGUCACUAGUAAUCCUCCCUCCUGGUACCCUGCGAUGCUGGACUUUUUCCUGUCUACCAUUGGUGGUAAGGAAAGAACCGAGGAGAACUUUCGUGACAUCGCAGCCCGCGCAUGA